AACCCCAUAUAAGCACCAAAACCUAGCUCAGCCUCUUUGGCUAUUCACAUAGCCCCCCACUUGCUUUUCCCUCUGUACUCAUUUUUUCCACCACCCAUGGCCGCCACCGUCUCCACCGCCUCUGCCGCCGCCACCAACAAAUCUCCUCUUUCACAGCCCCUCGACAAACCCUUUUGCUCCCCAUCUCAAAAGCUCUUAUCUUUAUCCCCUAAAACCCAUCCUAAACCCUACAGAACUCUUAUCACCGCCUCUUCCAAAAACCCCUUAAACGACGUCGUUUCGUUUAAGAAAUCAGCUGACAAUACCUUGGACUCCUAUUUUGACGAUGACGAUAAACCCCGUGAAGAGUGUGGCGUUGUGGGCAUCUAUGGCGACUCUGAAGCUUCACGCCUUUGCUAUUUAGCACUUCACGCGCUUCAACACCGUGGCCAAGAAGGCGCCGGCAUUGUCGCCGUUAACGACGACGUUCUUAAGUCAAUUACAGGUGUUGGGUUAGUAUCCGACGUGUUCAAUGAGUCAAAGCUUGACCAACUCCCUGGUGACAUGGCUAUUGGCCACGUAAGGUACUCUACUGCUGGCUCUUCUAUGUUAAAAAAUGUUCAGCCUUUUGUUGCUAGUUAUAAAUUUGGGUCAGUUGGUGUUGCCCAUAAUGGUAAUUUAGUGAAUUAUAAGCAACUGCGUAGUGAACUAGAGGAAAAUGGAUCAAUUUUUAAUACAAGUUCUGAUACUGAAGUGGUACUUCACCUUAUUGCUAUAUCGAAAGCUAGACCUUUUUUAUUGAGGAUUGUUGAGGCUUGUGAAAAAAUUGAAGGUGCUUAUUCUAUGGUGUUUAUUACUGAGGAUAAGUUGGUUGCCGUAAGGGAUCCUCAUGGGUUUAGGCCAUUGGUUAUGGGUAGGAGAAGUAAUGGUGCUGUUGUUUUCGCGUCGGAGACAUGUGCUUUGGAUUUGAUUGAGGCUACUUAUGAGAGGGAGGUGAGUCCUGGUGAGGUUGUUGUUGUGGAUAAAGAUGGGGUUCAGUCUAUUUGUUUGAUGCCUCAUCCCGAGCGUAAAUCUUGUAUCUUUGAGCAUAUUUACUUUGCUCUGCCUAAUUCGGUUGUGUUUGGGAGGUCUGUGUACGAGUCUAGGCGUGCUUUUGGGGAGAUUCUUGCGACUGAAGCUCCUGUGGAAUGUGAUGUUGUGAUAGCAGUUCCUGAUUCGGGUGUUGUGGCUGCGCUCGGUUAUGCUGCUAAAGCAGGGGUACCGUUUCAACAAGGUUUGAUAAGGUCACAUUAUGUUGGUAGGACAUUUAUCGAGCCAUCGCAGAAGAUAAGGGAUUUUGGGGUGAAGCUUAAGCUGUCGCCAGUUAGGGCAGUGUUGGAGGGAAAAAGAGUUGUGGUCGUGGAUGAUUCGAUCGUUAGAGGAACGACCUCGUCCAAGAUUGUGAGGCUGUUAAAGGAGGCGGGUGCGAAAGAGGUUCAUAUGAGGAUUGCAAGCCCACCAAUUAUAGCCUCUUGUUAUUAUGGAGUGGAUACUCCUAGUUCAGAUGAGUUGAUAUCAAAUAGGAUGAGUGUGGAGGAGAUUAAGGAGUUCAUUGGAUCGGAUUCGCUUGCUUUUCUCCCAAUGGAUAGCUUGAAUAAGUUGUUAGGCAAUGAUUCUAAAAGCUUUUGCUAUGCUUGCUUUUCGGGCAAUUAUCCGGUAGAGCCGACAGGUAAGGUUAAAAGGAUUGGAGAUUUCAUGGAUGAUGGAUUAAGUGGGGAUAUGGACUCCAUUGAUGGUGGAUGGCUACCAGGGAGUAGUAGGGUUCAAAAGACUAUCUUGAAUGAAGUUAGAACCAGCUAAACUUUCUUUUCCAUGUUUGCUUUAGUUUUUGCUUUGGAUUUCUAAUGCUUGACUAUAGAAAUUAUAAGUUUCAAUGAAGUCUCUUUUUCUAUUUGGGAUGCCA